AUGUAAUCACAUAAUACACUACAAAAAAAAUGGUGGAAUUACAGUUUAUUGGUGACAUUAAUGAAUUAUCUGAAGAACAAAGGAAGUUAAUUACUAAUAUUGUUGAAGAACACGGAUUUAAACACGUUAAUAUUCAUGUAGAACCCGUAGGCAAAGCAGAUGACAACUAUGUAGCUAACGUGAAGAGAAUCACUGUGGAAAAGGAUGGUAAAACCUUUAAGAUGAUUGCUAAAGUCGCUCCUAAGAGUGACAUGAUGCGCAAUCUUGGAAAUACUGGUAUUUUAUUUAUGAAUGAGCAUAUUAUGUACACCCAAGUGUUACCAAAAUUUAGUGAAUUAGAAAGCGCUGCAAAUAUUCCGCAAGAAGAAAGACUUAAAUAUGCAGCUUGCUACGGAACUUACAUGGACGCACCAAACGAAAUUAUUCUUCUAGAAGAUUUAUCAGUACCGGGAUUCAAAAUUCUAGACAAAUUCUCCUCAUUGACAGAUGAAAAUGUAAGAUUGGUUCUUAAAAAUUUCGCAAUUUUACAUUCUUUGUCAUAUGUUUUGAGAUAUCAAGAACCUGAAACAUUUGAAAUGUUUUGUAAGAAUCUUGUCAAUCUUUGGUUAUUAAUGACCAAAGCUCCUGAAAUGAUUCAAUGGUUUGCUCAGCUUGACGUUGAUGUGCAAAUAUUAUUAGACAGUGAUAAGCACAAGAAGGCAGUCAAAAACGCAUUAGUACAAAUGAUGGCUCAAGCACCGAAAUUGGCUAAAUUUGACGCUGGCUCGAAGCACUCUGUAAUUCAACAAGGAGACGCUUGGACAAAUAAUAUUAUGUUUAGACUUGAGGAUGACAGAAGCGUGGAGUGCUGUAUGAUCGACUACCAAGUCUCUAAACAGAGUAAUCCCGUCGCCGACCUACAUUACAUGAUCUUUAAUUGCACCGACUACGCUACGAGAGCGGAACAUUUCCACGACUGGAUCGAUUAUUAUCACUCACAAUUGGAUAAAAGCUUAGCCAACUUCGGACUAAAGGCCAAUUAUGUUUAUCCUAAAGAUCAACUUGAUGCAGACUUACGUAGAUUCGCCAAGUUCUCUCUUGGCCAAGGUGUUAUGUUAAGUACAGUGCUGGUCAGAGAUGCAGCAGGAGCUGCUAAAUUAAAAGAAACAAUGAAGGAAGUUCAUGCCAAUAUGACUACAGAUGAAUUAAACAACAUGGCUGAACAAACUAAACUGUCAAGUUCUGAUCCCGAAACGAUUCAGAAAUUUCAAGUUAAAUUGAAAGGAAUUGUUGACAGUUUCAUUGAAUUUGGGUUUCUGUAAUUUCGUCAAACUUUAGUAUAAUCGUGAUAUUCAUUUCAACUUACGAAUUAUAAAUAUGCUUUAAUGAAAUAACAUUACGUCUUAAUAUUUUGUAUGUCUAUCAUUGCAUUUUUUAUUCCUACCGACUUUGGACUUUGUUAUCAAUGUUUUUUUCUAUUUAUGUCAAGGUUUUAAGUUCUCACUGUU